CCGGUUCACAAUAUCCACCUCCCAGAAAUUCUGCAAUGCCUCGUGUCGCGUAUAAAAGUUCAAAGAAUUCAUGUGAGAUGGCAUUUGAAAAUCCGGGCCAAUCAUGAAUCGUAACGACGCAACCGCGCGCGUUGCGCACGUCUUUGGUGGAACGCUUGUGCACUCCACACCACGAUCUGCAGUGGAAAUACUGCAAAACUGUGUCUUAGGAGUCGACGAUAAGGGCAAGAUUGCAUUCAUUGAAAAAGAUCAGGAUGUGGUCAGUCUUUCAAAAAAAUGGGACUUUGAAACUUCAGAUAUUAAACGCCUUGGACAGUAUGAGUUUCUUAUGCCCGGAAUGGUUGAUACACACAUCCACGCGUCUCAGUAUAGCUAUACUGGAACUGCCUUAGACCUGCCUCUGCUGGAGUGGCUCAACACUUACACUUUCCCUGUGGAAGCCAAGUAUAAAGACUUGGAUUUUGCCAAUAAUGUAUACACUAAAGUUGUGAGAAGAACCUUAAAGAAUGGCACUACUACUGCUUGUUAUUUUGCCACAAUACACACUGAUGCCUCUCUUCUGCUUGGAGAGCUUGCAGAUAGGUUUGGACAAAGAGCUUUAGUGGGAAAAGUUUGCAUGGACUGCAAUUCUGCCGUUCCACAGUACAAAGAAAGCCCAAGUGAAUGUAAAGAGGAGACAGAUCGUUUCAUCAAAGAGCUUCUCAAAAAGGAGUACCCAAAUGUCAAGCCUGUGGUCACUCCUCGAUUCGCUCCGUCCUGUUCCUCCUCACUGCUCACUGAAUUAGGCAAGAUCGCCAAUAACAACAAGCUCCGCGUUCAGAGUCACAUCAGUGAGAACAAAGAGGAACUGGAGCUUGUGAAGACAUUGUUCCCAGGCUGCAAAUCCUACACUGAUGUUUACCUCAAGCACAACCUGCUCACAGACAGGACUGUAAUGGCUCAUGGCUGUUACCUAACUGACGAAGAACUGGAGAUAUUUCAUGAAACGGGAUCUGCAAUCUCUCACUGUCCUAACAGUAACAUCUCGAUUUGCAGUGGCAUGCUAAAUGUGCGCAAUGUCUUAAAUCACAAAGUGAAAUUGGGUUUGGGGACAGAUGUAGCAGGAGGCUACUCUCCGUCCAUGCUAGAUGCUAUGAGAAGAACUCUGGACACGUCCAAGGCCCUGACCAUCCAGGACCCUCAGCAUAAGACUCUGAGCUUUGAAGAAGUUUUCAGACUGGCUACACUUGGAGGCAGCGAAGCCCUCUCACUGGAUGAUCAGAUUGGAAACUUUGUGGUAGGCAAGGACUUUGACGCCCUGCGAGUGAAUGUUUGCAUUCCCGAUGGACCGAUCGAUUUGUUUCCUGGUGAAGGCCCCAAGGUCAUUCUGGAGAAGUUUUUAAAUUUAGGUGAUGAUCGAAAUAUUUCUGAAGUCUACGUGGCUGGAAGACAAGUGGUUCCAUUUUCAGAUACAUAGCUAGUUACUUUCUAGUUGUUUUUAGCAGAAUUAUAAUGCAUUCACUCAAGAUCCUUUUUUUUUUUGAAGGAUGUUACAGAUGUAUAUUAUUUUGUCUUUAUUUAGGAAGUAUUUUUUUAUUUACAUUGCAGCUUGAUAUAAAGAUUUGUCUAAUGCUCAAAUUAAAUUGCUGCCUUCUAUUUCCUAGUGAUGUAGAUCAUGAAAAAAAUGUGACCAAAUUAUAAAAUAUAUAUUAAUCACUGGCAAAAUAUAAAACAAUAACCAAUUGUCACCCUUUUUAAAUUUAUUUAUUUAUUUUUAAUUCAUGUUAACACAUUGCAAAUCUAGUAUUUGUGACACUUCCUCACACACAGAGCUCUCGUAAGAGGCUUUUAGCUGUCUCUCUCACCUGUUCUUUCACUGUUUAUGACACUUCUCAAGUAGGAACAGAGCUCUUGGUUAUAUUUGCUUCAUGCCCUCUACGUGCAAUCCUAACAAUACACUGUAAAUGAAUCCUGAAUGUAUUUGAAUUUGAAAUAUAUAUAACUAUAAUAAAAAUGUAUUCAAUAUAAAUUAA